CGCACCAGCUAUAAAGAACAGACCAAUUGGAUCGGGACAUUUGUUUUUUUUCUCACAUGUGUUUGAUUUUCGUGCUGUUACUUGGUCCGUGUUGCGCGACACUGGAGAAAUGUGACGCAUAGCGAAGCGGUGAGCAUACAUCGCCGCGAUAUGGACCACAAAAGAUUACUCGAGGAACGUUUGCGAGAAGCGGUUUGCGAAGGCGAUACGGACGCCGUGCAGGAUCUCGUGAACAUAGGCGUUGACGUUAACGCGCGACAAGCUGUCAGCGGAUGGACUCCUUUACAUUGGGCGUGUAAGAAGGGAUAUUUGGAUGUAGCUGCCUUAUUGUUGAAAAACGGUGCCGACAAGAACGUGCGAACCGAGGCAGGAGAGACUGCAGUAUCUUUGUGCAAUAACCAGCAGAUUUUGUAUCUUUUGAGCACAAGCAGUGAUGUUACACGAGUCACAAAUGAUUUGUCCUUGCACACCGUUACGUCUGCAUACACACAACCAGACAACUUUCUAUAUGCUGCCAUGAAUCCUUCCAAGGUGAAAAAUAAUACAUACGACGAGAGUGGGGUCAUCAUGUUGUCCCAUGAUGAAUUGGUGUUAAAAAUUCGAAUUGCUAGCACAGCAGAUCCGGAUUUCGUGGAGAUAGAAUUGCCGCGGAGCGAGUUAACUUACCAGGCAUUGUUGGGUAUAUGUUGCAAAGAACUGAAUCUCACUCCACACCAGAUCUUGAAACUGCGCAAAUUGCCCAAUACUAGAUUACGGAAGGAUAAGGAUAUUCAGAGACUCCAGAACUUUCAAGAGAUUGAAGUAAUCACGACAAGUUUCACUGACACGAUAAAUAUUUAUGCAAGCCUUCAAGGCGCCAAUGGUAUCUCCAAUAAUCUGCCAACAUUAACACCGGCUAAUGGAUAUCAGAGCAUAUCCAAGAAGGAUCAGACUAUUCUGUAUUGAUUGUUUACGUUGAAAAAAAUACUCUUGGAUGUAUUUGCAAGUUAACAUGUAAGAAAGAAGCCACCAUAUAAGCAAUAUUACAUCGUUUAUGGUACAUAUACAUGAACGUACCAUUUAAUAGAAAUAUCGUGUUUUUGUUUUUAUUAGAUUCAAAUUAAAAUGUCAGCAAGAUAUUCACAUAAAAAUAUCACUUUAGAUUUUUGCGUGAGAUUUUCUCUGUGUGUGAUUCUCUCGACAAUAAUGUCGCCAUCGGGUUUGAUCGUAAUAUUGAUUUCUCUCAUGAACGUUGAGAGCUCUCUCUUACUCUCUAUGUCAUAGUAAGCAUUCUUGCAUUACUGGUGGUUUCACAUUUUUAUCUUUUAAAAUAAGCAAGUUUACGUUUAAAGAGGCGAUUUGAAUUGUUUAAUAAAUCGACUAAUUCAAUUUCUGAUCAUAAAUUACUUACUAGUGUCAUAUAAAGCGGCAAUCUUAAAAUAUUAGGUUGGAAACUAUGAAACGGGCGUUGAAUAGAAAUAAAAAU